UCCAGCAAACUCCAGGCAAAAAAAGCGUUGUUACAUCCGCCAGCGGAGCUUUCCGGAACACACCACUCCGGCCAGAUCAAGAGGGACUGACUUCAGGAAGGUCUCCAUCUUCGCAUAAGAAAGGCCUUAGGACCACCAACUUUAUUUAUGCCAGGCCAGCAGCCCCCAUGCCACUAACCGGCUUCGGAGAAGACGAACGAGCAUGGAAUCCGGCACGGUUGCUGGGCAACAGGCGAGUAGCUAGCAGACCUGCAAAGGAACAACAACGACAAUGCGCACGAUCCUUCGCCAGGUUGCAGACGCCAUCCCGGGCGCGAGCAACUGCGGCCCACCUGGCCCAGAUCGGGCCCAGAUCCCCCGACUUUGACGACGACGCGCUGCCGCCGACCUCCUUCGACCUGUUCGUCAACGAGGCCGCCGAGGCGGGCGCCACCACCGGGGCCGGGGACGACAGCCGCGUGCACCUCCGCGCGCAGCAGCGCAAUGGCAGGAAGACGCUGACCACGGUGCAGGGGCUUAGCAAGGGCUACGACUACGCCAAGGUGCUGCGGGACCUCAAGCGGGAGCUCUGCUGCAACGGCACCGUCAUCGAGGACAAGGAGCUCGGCAACGACAUCCAGCUGCAGGGCGACCACCGCAAGAAGGUCGCCGCCAUCAUCGCCAAGGCCGGGCUCGCAAAGAUGGACUGCAUCAAGGUCCACGGCUUCUAG